AUGGCUUCUAAUUUGCUAUCGAGUACUACUGAAGAUGAAGUAACCCAACACCGUCUUCGAUAUUCGGACAUGGUUGAAGAGCCUCAAAAAAUGCUUUUACCAAUCGAAGGUUACGAAAAAAUGCCUCUAGUUUCUCUUAUGGAAGCUAUAGAACCUCUUAUAACUAUUGUACCUAGUAUUGAUCAUAAAGCUUGGGUUGCUCGACAAAAUUCAGAUAAUCCUAAAGAUGGACUAACACCUGAUCAAUCAGCUUCUAUCGUACUCUAUUCAAUGGAAGGAAAAUCACGAGAAACGAAUGUCUACUUUGUCCUAAACUCUAUUCUUCGCUCGAACAAACCCGAUCGUACUGAUAAAUUAAAGUCUUGGUUUCUCUAUUUAAAGCUUUUUAUUACUGCACUCACUCGAUUACCAUCACGUGAGCGUACUGUAUAUAGAGGAGUGAAAAUGGAUUUGAGUGCAAGAUUUACAGAAGGCAAAACGUUCGUUUGGUGGGGAUUUUCAUCAUGUACGACAUCAAUGAAGACAUUAAAGUCAGAAGACUUCUUGGGUCAAAAAGGUACACGAACUCUCUUUACGAUAGAAUGCUUUUCAGGCAAAGAUAUUCGAAAUCAUUCCCAUUAUCUUACAGAAGAAGAAAUUCUUCUGAUUGCAGGUCGACAAUUCGAAGUUAUUGCUUGUCUUCCUCAACCACCUGAUCUUCAUAUAAUUCAAGUUAAAGAAAUCGAACCAAGUUUUCCUCACUUAAAAUUAGAGUCGAAUAAUAUCUCACUUUCUGCUUUAACUCUCAAUCCAAUAAAGACACCGUCACCUAUUUAUGAAGCCAAGCCUUAUGCAUCAUUAUUUCUAUGUAAAGCAUACGAAGAUUUGCGCUUAAGCCAAAACUGGCAUGAAAACCGAAAAGAAUUAGAAAUAGUAGUGGAAGCCGCAAUUCAUGGUAUUAAAAAAGAAGGACUUGAAUUAGAUAAACAAGCGGAAGGAGAAGAAUUAGCUGAAAAAUUAUUUGAAAAAAGAAGUGGUACUGUAGAAGAAAUCUGGAAUUGUUGUGCAUAUCUAUAUACUAUAGAAUGCUUUCUCUACCAAAAAAUCAACGAAUAUAUGCGUCUAGUAAAGAAAGAAGAUCAAGCAAGCAUCGAACUUUGGCAUAGUAAAACAUCUAUUUUAGGUCCUUUCGCUCUUCUUCUUAAUUUGGGGUUCAAGUUCAACGCUUCCGACAAGAGUACCUAUCUUUAUCGAGGUGCAAACAUGAAGUCAGAUGAUAUUGAAAAUUACCAUACAAAUGUUGGCAAAGAGCGAAUAUUUCAGGCUUUUACGAGUGUCAUUCGUAAUAGAGACAAGGCAAAUGAACUUGGUAAUACACUGAUGAUAAUUCAUGAUUGUGUUCAGCAUAUCGAUCUUUCUCCAAUCUCUGAGUAUCCCGAAGAAGAAGAAGAACUUCUUCCACCUGGUCUUCACUGUAGAAUCGACCGUUUGGAAUUUGAUUCCAAGGCAAAUAAACAUUUGAUUUAUUUAACUACAUUGAAACGAGAGUAG